UUGGCCGGCGCGGGACUCGAACGCGCGGAGCGGGGGCGGCGGCGGCGGCGGCGGCGGGCCCGGCACCAUGGACGAGCCGCCCUUCAGCGAGGCGGCCUUGGAGCAGGCGCUGGCCGAGCCGUGCGAGCUGGACGCGGCGCUGCUGACGGACAUCGAAGGUGCGCCGGGGCGGUGGGUGAAAUCCGCGCUGAGACCGGCCCGGGGCCAGCCGCCUGGACGCCCCGAGGGGGCGGGGGCCGCGGACCGCAGAGCCAUGGACUGCACGUUCGAAGAUAUGCUGCAACUCAUCAACAACCAAGACAGUGACUUUCCUGGCUUGUUCGAUGCCCCCUACGCCGGGGGUGGGGCAGGGGGCACGGACCCGGUCAGCCCCGGGGCCAGCUCUCCAGGCAGCCUGUCCCCGCCUCCUGCCACACUGAGCUCCCCUCUGGAAGCCUUCCUGGGGGUGCCGAAGGCAGCCCCCUCACCGGUGUCCCCUCCCUUGAAAACCUAUCCAUCGGUUCCCUCCUUCUCCCCUGGGCCUGGGAUCAAGGAGGAGCCCGUGCCCCUCACCAUCCUGCAGCCGCCAGCCCCGCAGCCCCUGCCCGGGGCCCUCGCACCCCAGAGCUUCCUGAACCCCACAGCAGCAGCACCACCCUUCAGCCCUGCACCCGUGAUGGGCUACCCCAGCCCCUCUGGGGGCUUCCCCACAGGGACCCCUCCCGGGAGCACCCAGCAGCCGCUGCCUGGCCUGGCCCUGGCUUCCCCGCCAGGGGUCCCGCCCGUCUCCUUGCACACCCAGGUCCCAAGUGCCACACCCCAGCCGCUGCUCACGGCCACGGCAGUCCCUGCGACAACCACUGUGACCUCCCAGAUCCAGCCGGUCCCGGUCCUGCUGCAGCCCCACUUCAUCAAGGCUGAUUCACUGCUCCUGACCACCAUGAAGACAGAUGUGGGGGCUUCCGUGAAGGCGGCGGGUAUCAACCCCCUGGCCCCCGGCACCGCUGUGCAGACCGGGCCCCUGCAGACGCUGGUGAGCGGCGGAGCCAUCCUGGCCACGGUGCCACUGGUCGUGGAUGCUGACAAACUGCCCAUCAACCGCCUGGCGGCUGGCAGCAAAGCCCCCGGCUCAGCCCAGAGCCGCGGCGAGAAGCGCACGGCGCACAACGCCAUCGAGAAGCGCUACCGCUCCUCCAUCAACGACAAGAUCGUGGAGCUCAAGGACCUGGUGGUGGGCACUGAAGCCAAGCUGAAUAAAUCCGCCGUCUUGCGCAAGGCCAUCGACUACAUCCGCUUCCUACAACACAGCAACCAGAAACUCAAGCAGGAGAAUCAGAGUCUGCGAAGUGCUGCCCAAAAGAGCAAAUCCCUGAAGGAUCUGGUGUCGGUCUGCGGCGCAGGAGGCAGCGCGGACACGCCCAUGGACGGCGUGAAGCCCGAAGCGGUGGACACGCUGACCCCGCCGCCCUCGGACGCCGGCUCGCCCUCCCAGGGCAGCCCGCUGUCCCUCGGCAGCAGGGGCAGUGGCAGCACGGGCAGCGGCAGUGACUCGGAGCCGGACAGCCCAGCCUUCGAGGACAGCCAGGUGAAGCCGGAGCAGCCACCGUCGCCGCGCAGCGGGGGCAUGCUGGACCGCUCACGCCUGGCCCUGUGCGCCCUGGUCGUCCUCUGCCUCUCCUGCAACCCCCUGACCUUGCUGCUGGGUAGCCGGGGGCCUCCUGGUCCCCCGGACGCCACCGCCAUCCACCAUAACCCUGGGCGUACUAUGCUGGGCACCGACGGCCAAGAUGGCCCCACCUGGCCCCAGUGGCUGCUGCCCCCUCUGGUCUGGGUAGGCAACGGACUCCUGGUACUGACCUCCCUGGCGCUUCUCUUUGUGUACGGGGAGCCGGUCACAAGGCCCCACUCGGACCCCGCCGUGCACUUCUGGCGGCAUCGCAAGCAGGCCGACCUGGACCUGGCCCGGGGGGACUUUGCCCAGGCUGCCCAGCAGCUGUGGCUGGCCCUGCGGGCCCUGGGCAGGCCCCUGCCCACCUCCCACCUGGACCUGACCUACAGCCUGCUCUGGAACCUCAUCCGCCACCUGCUGCAGCGCCUCUGGGUGGGCCGCUGGCUGGCAGGCCGGGCCGGGGGCCUGCAGCGGGACUGUGCGCUGCGGGCGGACGCACGCACCAGUGCCCGGGAUGCCGCCCUCGUGUACCAUAAGCUGCACCAGCUGCAUGCCAUGGGGAAGUACACAGGCGGGCACCUGGCCGCCACCAACCUGGCGCUAAGUGCCCUGAACCUAGCCGAGUGCGCGGGGGAUGCGGUCUCCGUGGCAACGCUGGCCGAGAUUUAUGUAGCGGCUGCCCUGAGGGUCAAGACCAGUCUCCCACGGGCCCUGCACUUUCUGACGCGUCUCUUCCUGAGCAGCGCUCGGCAGGCCUGCCUGGCACAGAGUGGCUCCGUGCCUCUGGCCAUGCAGUGGCUUUGCCACCCUGUGGGCCACCGUUUCUUUGUGGACGGGGACUGGGCCGUGCGCAGUGCCCCGCGGGAGAGCCUGUACAGCAUGGCCGGGAACCCAGUGGACCCCCUGGCCCGGGUGACCCAGCUGUUUCGAGAACAUCUCCUGGAGCGAGCCCUGACCUGUGUGGCCCAGCCCAGCCCCAGCCCCAGCCCCGGGUCGGCUGAUGGGGACAAGGAGUUUGCCGACGCCCUGGGCUACCUGCAGCUGCUGAACACCUGUUCUGACGCCGCCGGGGCGCCCGCCUGCAGUUUUUCCAUCAGCUCUAGCAUGGCCACCACCGCCGGCACAGACCCCGUGGCCAAGUGGUGGGCCUCGCUGACCACCGUGGUGGUCCACUGGCUACGGCGGGACGAAGAGGCGGCCGAGCGGCUGUACCCCCUGGUGGAGCACCUGCCCCGGAGCCUGCAGGAGUCUGAGAGACCCCUGCCCAGGGCAGCCCUGCACUCCUUCAAGGCCGCCCGCGCCCUGCUGAGCCCCGCAAAAGCAGAGUCUGGCCCGGCCAGCCUGGCCAUCUGUGAGAAGGCCAGCGGGUACCUGCGGGACAGCCUGGCCACCACUCCUGCAGGCAGCUCCAUCGACAAGGCUAUGCAGUUGCUCCUCUGUGACCUGCUCCUGGUGGUGCGCACCAGUUUGUGGCGCCAGCAGCAGCCACCUGCAGCUGCCCAGGGGUCCCAGGGCCCCAGCAACGGGCCCCAGGCCUCUGCCCUGGAGCUGCGUGGCUUCCAGCGGGACCUGAGUGGCCUGAGACGUCUGGCGCAGAGCUUCCGGCCCGCCAUGCGGAGGGUGUUCCUGCACGAGGCUACUGCUAGGCUGAUGGCAGGGGCCAGCCCCGCGCGGACGCACCAGCUCCUGGACCGCAGCCUGAGAAAGCGGGCAGGCCCUGGUGGCAAAGGAGGUGCGGCGGCGGCGGCGGCGGCGGAGCUGGAGCCGCGGCCCACGCGGCGGGAGCACGCUGAGGCGCUGCUGCUAGCCUCGUGCUACCUGCCGCCCGGCUUCCUGUCGGCGCCGGGCCAGCGCGUGGGCAUGCUGGCCGAGGCGGCGCGCACGCUGGAGAAACUCGGCGACCGCCGGCUGCUGCACGAUUGUCAGCAGAUGCUGCUGCGCUUGGGCGGCGGCACCACCGUCACCUCCAGCUAGGCCCCCGCCGCGUCGCUAUGCGGCCCAGCGCCCUGCUCCCGCGGCUCACCCACGGCUGCACUGCCCCCCGGGGUGGGGGGCGCUCGGCGGCCUUUGUCUCUGGCUCCGGGAGGCCAGGAGGGGUGAGACCCCCCCCCCCCAGCACCACCACCACCCUAGCCGGCUCUCCCGCUCCUCGAGCAGCGGCCAGGAUGGUGCUGACCUCUAGUGGCCCAUGUGGGGAUUGCAGGGGGCCGACCCCGCGCCUCCCAGAUUAGAUGGACGAGGAAGGGGUGGGGCUGGUGUAGGGGUUAGUGGGGGAGGGGGGGUCCCAUUUUGGCUUUUCCGGCCAGCAAGGGAGCCUCUUCCCCAAGGCGCCUCUGUCCCUUCUGGGAAAGACUUGUAUAUAGUGUAGAUCUGGGUGAGCCAGCCUCUCUGGGAGGUGCACCUGCUACUUUUUGUCUUUUGCAAACUUUAUUUUCGUAGGCUGAGUUUUGUACAGAGAAUAAAAAAUGAAAUUAUUUAUAA